GCAAACGUCGUUCAUUGCGAGUGGCGAAGAAUUUUUAUAUCUAGUAUAAAAAAAAUAAAAAAUAAAUAAGUAAAAAAAUUCUCUGCUGUAGAAAAUUUUCUCAAUACAGAAAAAAAAAAAAACAAGUAUUUAUUUUUUAAUUUAUUGAAAACGGAUUUUAAUUAAAACAUUAAACGCCAUAUAUUCAAAUAAUAAAAAUCAAAAAUACAUUUUAGAAUUUUCGUUUUAAGUUAUAAAAAAUUCAUCGGAUUAGAAACUUCUCUUGUAGUACUGAAGAAAAAAAUAUCAAAGAAGAAGCCAUUCUGGAAAACGUCAUCUUCAUCGAUUUAAAUACCUACUUACAAAGAAUAAAUUCUUUUGGAAUAUUUUUGUAUAAAGACCUAAACUAAUGGGAGCGGUGAUAAUAUAUUCAUUUUGAAGAGAUGUUUUUAGUUCAAUAGAAAAAAAUUUAUGUUUAAAAAUCAAUAUAACAAGAUUUUCAAGUUACAUUAUGUAAAAAUGUAAAAUUUUUUUUUAUUUUUCAUGUAAAAUCUUUAAUCGUUGAGUGUUUAACCAAAAAAAAUUCAUAUUUUAAUGCAGAAUUGGCACAAGCAAGAAUUUAAUUCUAUAACUCUCUAAAUUUAAACAGAGUAAUGAAAAAAGCUUUUCUAUUCAAUAAUAGAGAAAUAAAAUAGUGAAAAAGUGAUAUAAAUUUUGAAAUAAAUAAAGAUUUUAAAUGUGUAUAUAGUAAAUAUACAUAAAUAUAUACAUGGACAUAUUAAAUGUUUGAAAAAUAAAAUAGUUAAAUAUAUUAAAAAAUAUUAAUAUAUAAUUAAAUUUAUUUAGUAUUAAAACACCAACAUAAUUCUUAUUUAUUUUCAAUUUCUUUAUUUUUAUAAGAAAACAUUCUUUUUCCGUUCAUUUAUUGUAAUACGAGGAAAAAAGAUUUAAAAUAUAAAGCCAUCAUCAUGUCUAUGGCAGGGCAAACAAUCAAUGAUAGACUUUUGGCUGCUAGACAUAGUUUAGCAGGCCAAGGUCUCGCAAAAUCUGUUUGUAAAGCAACUACUGAAGAGAUGAUUGCACCUAAAAAGAAACAUUUGGAUUAUUUAGUCCAUUGUACAAAUGAACCAAAUGUAUCCAUUCCACACUUGGCUAAUUUACUUAUUGAACGUUCACAAAAUACAAAUUGGAUAGUGGUAUAUAAAGCGCUAUUAACAACGCAUCAUCUAUUAGCAUAUGGAAAUGAGAGAUUUAUACAGUACCUAGCAUCUAGCAAUUCAUCAUUUAAUUUAAGUAAUUUUGUCGAUAAAGGAGGGCUACAAGGUGUCCCAAAUGCAAGAUUAGGUUAUGAUAUGUCACCGUUUAUUAGACGAUAUGCAAAAUAUUUAAAUGAAAAAGCCCUAUCAUACCGUACAGUUGCUUUUGAUUUUUGUAAAGUAAAACGAGGAAAAGAAGAAGGAUCCCUCCGAACAAUGAAUGCUGAUAAAUUAUUGAAAACAUUACCAGUUUUACAAGGACAAUUGGAUGCAUUAUUAGAAUUUGAUUGUCAAGCAAAUGAUUUAGUGAAUGGUGUUAUAAAUAUGUGUUUCAUGCUAUUAUUUAGAGAUCUCAUACGUUUAUUUGCAUGUUAUAAUGAUGGAAUUAUAAAUUUAUUGGAAAAAUAUUUCGAUAUGAAUAAGAAACAAGCAAGAGAUGCACUUGAUUUAUACAAAAGAUUUUUAGUUCGUAUGGAUAAAGUUGGUGAAUUUUUAAAAGUUGCAGAAAAUGUUGGUAUUGAUAAAGGUGAUAUACCAGAUUUAACGAAAGCACCUAGUUCGUUACUGGAUGCAUUAGAACAGCAUUUAGCUCAAUUAGAAGGAAGAAAAUUAUCUGCAGCCAAUACACCAACACAGUCAGCAAGUAGUAACCAAAAGAACGUAAAAAGUGGUGUAACUGCCCUAUCUUCCACUAGCUCUUCAUUUGGAACUGCUGUUGCCUCCAAUAAAUUUGAUUCAAGUGCAAAUGGUAUUGAUGAAAGUAUUAAGGCACAAGCAUUAGCGGAAGAAGAAGCUGCUAUGAAUCAAUAUAAAGUAAAUUCGAAAGUUUCUUCACCAACAAAUCAAUUAACAAAUCCAUUUUUGGCAUCACCACCUGCUUCAUCUGCAAAUACAAAUAUUGUUGAUUUAUUUGGUGGAGAUGGUGGAGCUGCACCAGCACAAACAAAAACAUCCGAUGAUUUAUUACAAUUAAGUAAUCCAUUUGCAGAUAUGUUUGGUGCUUCUGGCGGUGCUGCAGCACCAACUGGUCAAGCAGCAGUUCAAGGUGCUUCAACAUCAAAUAACCUUAAUAAUAACGUUUGGAUGAGUAAUGGUUUCAACGGAACACAAUCCACAACGAAUGCAUUUGUCUCAGAUAGUAAUUUCUCUUCUGUAUUUGGUAAUACAGAACCAACUGCAGUUGUCAAAGUUUUGGAUUUAUCAGCUGCUGAUGCUCCAUUACCAAAUCCAUUUUAUGAUCCAUCUGAUGAUCUUUCAAUUGGAGGGCAACAGCAUACACAACAAUUACAAUUUGAUUUACAGCAGCCUCAAUCACAAAUAUUUCAACAACAAUCUCAACAACAAUUUUUAACAGAUGAUAGCACUCAAGCUGAAUUACAACCAUUUGCAACAACAGUUGAUGAAUAUAAAAAUUCUAUAAUUGUUAGUAAUAGUAAAACUACUACAGUUAGCAAUUCUACAGCUAGUACUACUGCAACGCCUAGUAAUAGUGAUAUUAAUGUUGUUACUGAUAAAGUGACAACUGUUACAGCAGUUGAAAUCGCUAGAAAAUCAAGUUUAACUAAUAGUAAUAAAUAUUCGAAUGAAAAUCGUCGUCCAUCUGCUGUUGAUGAUUUAAAUGAAACAAUACGUUGUAUAAUGGGUACACCAAGAAAAAUGUCAUUAGCUGAAUUAAAAGCUGAAUCAAUGGACAAAAGCUUUGAUGCAUUGGGUGAUGUAUUAAAGCCAGCUAAUACAUCUACACCAUCACAUAUUGGUGGUGUACAACAACAUGUUCAAACUGGAAAUGUUCUUGUAACAGGUACGACGCAAUCUCAACAGCAACUACAUCAACAACAACAACAACAAACUGGUCAACCUGGCAAAAUAAUUACCGGUGAUUUGGAUAGUUCAUUAGCAUCACUUGUAGAUAAUUUGAAUAUAAAUAAAGCUGGUAAUACUGGAAAACAAAUGAAUUGGAAUUCACCUAAAAAUCAAGCAAAACCAGGUGCAAAUUGGUCACCUCAACCAAUGGCAGCAACAACAGGAGCUGGAUAUAGACCAAUGGCGCAAGGCAUGACCGUAAGUCCUGCACCAAGCACAAUUAAUCAUCAGUUUAUUCACUCUAGUUAUCCUGUAAUUCCUAAUUUUAUUCAACAGCAGGGAAUGCCAAUGAUGGGAGCACCGGCACCUGGUGGUGUUCCAAUGAUGACACCAGCUGGUAUGGUGCCUAUUAUACAACCCGGUUUACAACAGCAAAUGAUGCCAGCAACUGGUGUCGUAGCACCUGGUAUAAUUUCAAUGCAACCUCAACCUGCAGCAGUCACAACAGCUCAAAAUGGUAAAAAUAUACAAUUGGAUCCGUUUGCUGGAAUGUAAAAUUAUUUAAUAAAAUCAGAUUUAAAAAAAAAUUAUUAUUAAUUAUAAAUAAAUAAAAUUAUAAAAGAAAAAAUGUUACAAAAAAAUUAUGAUAUGUAUUUACGUACAUAUAUAUAUAUAUAUAUAUAUAUAUAUAUAUAUAUAUAUAUAUAUAUUGUAAAGAUAAAUAUAUACAUAAAAUAUAUUAUAUAAAUUUAUUUAAUUUUAAGUCAUUAAUAUUAAAAUUCAUGAAAAAUCAAAAAAAAAAAAAGGAAUUAUGUAUAAAUAUAUUGAUUAUAUAUGAAAUAAAAAAUAUAUACAUAAAUAAGAAACAGAGAUAAAGAUGUUCUAUUACCUACUAUUAUAAUAUAAAUAAAAAUUUAGAUAAAUAAAUGAAAACUAUAUGAAAGCAUAAAUUGAAAAAAUUUAAAAGAAAAAAAUUAAUUAUAUAAAAUUGUGAAAAAAUUCAAAUGAUUAAUUAGUAAUGAAAAUGUAUAAUAGUCCAUUAUGAAUUAAAAAAAAAAUAACUAAAAGAAAAUUAAAUAAAAUAUAAACUUU